GCAACUUGAUAGUUAUUAAAGAGAGAACACCUUAGUUGAACAAAUUAAAUCAAUGGCAACCUCAAAGCUCUUCCAUUGACUUACCAUCCAUCCAGUCAAUUAUAUCCACUUGAUUCUCCAACAUUAUCUUCUCAAUAAUGUUGGUGAUCAUGUAUAUAUAGAUUGUCAUAGCCAGACAAGUUUCUCAAGAAUGCAGAAAAUGUCUUCUGCAAUUUUUGCUAUCCUCUUACUUGUUCUUGGAUUCCUAUGGUUUUCCAUAUUUUCUCAAUCCAAACAGGGAAGAAAACUCCCUCCCGGUCCCCGACCCUUGCCGGUGAUCGGGAACCUACAUGUGUUAGGCACCCUACCACAUCGAAACCUGGCCAAAUUAGCCAAGAAAUAUGGAUCAAUUAUGUCAAUAAGGCUCGGGUCUGUGCCAACCAUCAUUGUAUCGUCCUCUGAUGCAGCAGAGCUGUUCCUUAAGACAUACGACACCGUUUUCGCUAGCCGGCCUAAGACUCAAGCUUCAAUCUUCAUGUCCUAUAACAAUACGGGUGUGGCGUUCGCGGAGUACGGUCCAUAUUGGCGCAAUAUUAGGAAACUGUGUACUGAGGAGCUGCUGAGUGUGCUGAAAGUUGAAUCCAUGGCACCAUUGAGGGUGAAAGAGCUUGGAUUUCUUGUUGAGCUGAUUAAGGAAUCUGUCGUGGCCGGGGAGGCUGUGGAUUUGAGUGAAAAGAUCGGAGAGUUGAUCGAGAAUUCCGCGUAUAAGAUGGUUUUUGGGAAGAACAAUGACGAUAAAUUUGAUAUCAGAUCAUUAGUUUCAGAGGCAUCACAUUUGGCUGGAACUUUCAAUGUAUCAGAUUAUGUGCCCUUCCUAGAGCCAUUUGAUCUUCAGGGUCUGAAACGGCGUAUGAAGGCGUAUAGCAAGACGAUGGACGAUUUCAUAGAGAAGAUGCUAGAAGAGCAUGAGAAGAAUGCAAAACUAAAUCAAGCACAAGAUCAUAGGGAUUUCAUUGAUGUUCUGCUUUCAGUAAUGGAUCAACCGACGGGAAGUAGUUCGAGCGAUGAAAAUCCGGCGACAUACACGGUUGAUCGAACCAAUAUCAAAGCUAUCAUAUUGGAUAUGAUCUUAGGUGGAUAUGAAACUACAGCUACUUCAAUUCUAUGGACAUUUUCAGAACUAUUUAGGCAUCCAGAAGUACUGAAAAAACUGCAAAAGGAGUUGGAAAACGUUGUUGGAACGAACAGAAUGGUCGAGGAGACAGAUUUGAGUAAAUUAGAUUACCUAAACAUGGUUAUCAAGGAAACAUUCAGACUACAUCCAGUCGCGCCAUUUCUAAUUCCGCGGGAAUCAAUCGCGGAUAUUACAAUCAACGGUUAUCACAUCCCAAAGAAAUCACGAAUCCUGGUGAACUCUUGGGCAAUCGGGAGAGAUCCUAAUUCGUGGACGAGUAAUGUUGAUGAGUUCUUGCCGGAGAGGUUCAUGGAUAGCAACAUUGAACUAGGAGGACAAGAUCUUCGGCUUAUACCGUUUGGUUCGGGGCGAAGAGGGUGCCCAGGAAUGAACUUGGGUUUGACCAUUAAUAGACUAAUUGUGGCACAACUUGUGCAUUGCUUUGACUGGAAGCUCCCUAAUGGCAUGUUGAGUAGUGAAUUGGAUAUGAGUGAAACUUUUGGUCUCUCCUUGCCUAGAACCAAUCACUUGCUUGCCGUGCCGUCCUCCUACCGCCUACUAGCAUGAGAUUUUUUAAGACAUUGUUGUAAUGUGUUUGUUUCCUGUUGUGCUAGAUUUGAAGUUAUAAUUACUAGAUCUCAAGAAUAAGUAAUUUCUCCAAUUUGGCUUCUAUGGUCA